GCUGGGAUCUCAAAUCGAGUGGUCAGAGAUCGCCCCUUUUGAGGUCGUGAGUUCGAUUCCCAUCGAACUCGACUUGUUUUACAUUAGUAUACACAUAUGGCAGUUAUAGGAAGAUCUACUCUAUUACGAGCACAUUGACCGACAAAUUGAACAGUCUGCAAAAUUUUGCGCAACAUUUGACUUUGAUUAUUGAAAGUCAACAAGCAACGCUGCAUAAAUCAACUUACAAGCAUAAUUCAAUUUUAAUUUCGUAAUAUAUUCAGUAGCAUAUAUGCACAUGAGCAUGCGAUCUGUAAUGUAUGUGAUUUUAGCUACACUUGAAACUAGUUUUUUUUUACUCAACUUUGUUUACUUCUCUUUCUCUAUUUUUAAUUUUCGAUUAGUUGAGAUUAAACGUUUGAGUCGAGUAGACAGAAAGUGGAACUGAAUUCUAAAUUAUUUUUGGCAACUGACAAGUGACGUCACCAAUAAUGUCUGAUAUCUUUGACCUAAAUAAGAAUAUUCCGUCUUAUCUCAACGAAGAAUUCUUCCAAGAAAUUUACACAGAUAAGAAUGAAGAAAUUUUAAAUUUAAAAAUCGAGGGAGCAUCAAAGCCUGGCGAUAAUUUUGUUGGUGCAGUUUAUCGCAUCACUUUAACAACCAGCAGUGGAGUUCAGCAAUUCAUUGCCAAAGUACCAUCAACAUCUGGCCAUGAAACACUUCAUUCAUAUUUAUCAAAUGAUUUUGUUGUUGAUCUUUUUAAAUGUGAAAUUAAAGUUUAUCAGGAUAUUUUACCUGAAAUGUUGAAGGUAUGGAAUAGUGCUGGAUAUGAUGAUGUUCUGUGUCCUAGGCUUGUUCAUCAGACAGUUACACCACACCCAACAAUUAUACUUGAAGAUCUUAGUCCUUAUGGCUUUACAACUCUACAAAAUCCAAUUGAAGAUUUUAAUGCCUCAUUAAUGGUCGCAAAACGAUUGGCUAAGUUUCAUGCUGCUUCUUAUUAUCUAGUUCAUGAGAAGAAUCAGGACUUCUCCAAUUUCAACAACAGCGUCUUUAACAAUGAAAUUUUGUCACAUGUGAUUUAUGAUAUGGGACUUGAAGGUUUUACGGAUGUGGCUAGCACAAAGCCUUCAUUGAUUAAAUACGUAGAAAAGUUACGUAAAUUUCACAGUGAAUUCAGACACUUAAUUGAUGAGUCUUAUAAGCCGAGUGAUGAUGGAAUCAAUGUUUUGUGUCACAAUGACUUUCAUCUUAAGAAUUUGCUUUUUAAUAGUGAUGGAAAUGGAAAGAUUGAGGAUUUUUAUAUGAUCGACUACCAACUCUGCAACUACACAUCUCCAGCAAUUGACAUCCUAUAUGCGCUCUAUUACUUUGUAUCAUCCAACAAUCGUCAAUAUCAUCGUGACGAAUUCAUCUCAGCUUACUACAAUCAAUUCAGAACAUCUCUAAAUGACUUUAAAUUCACAAAAGAAAUUCCAUCAAGAAAAAUGCUCGACAAUGAGAUCAAAAAAUGCGGACCUUUUGAAAUUUCAGUGGCAAUUUGCUUGACAAUCUUUUUCUAUUUUGAUCUGAAGAACUUGAAUCCAGAGGAUCUGGAUAUGGCAGAAGGAACUAAGAAGUCAAAGCUUCGAAUGUAUGAGAAUAAAGAGUUUUUGGAAAUGAUUGAAUGGCAGUUGGAAGAAUUUGAAGCUAGGGGAAUUUUAUGAAUUUAUUGUUCAGUCAAAAUAAGGUUUCUUGAUGGAGGGGUAACGGAGGGGGAGGGGGCUUAGUGAGACUUUAAAUUAAAAUUCCUUACUUUAUCCCUAAUUUUAUAUUUAAUUGUAACUGAAACUUUAUUUUAAAGUUCAAAUCAUUCACAAACACAUCCUCACAAAAAUGAUUUUUAUUCUCUCAAAAAACCAACACAAAUUCACAAUUUUUUGUAAACAAUCGCA